UCGACCUCGGCUUCAGCAGUGCCUUCAGCAACAGUUCCGGCAGCUGUCUCGAACUUACCGAUCUCAUACGACAAAACCACACCUCCAUCAACGGGCUGCGAAGCUGUGGUGAAUGCUGCCCAACAAAAACUGAUCUCGGAGUACCAGCAACUCCUCAAAGGCAUUCGCUAUGUCAACGUCUGGGGCUACCUCGAAACUGAGAACAAGGGCGAUGCCGCUAUCUGGUCGGCACAGCAGAUCCUCUUGAGCAUGAUGGGUAUUGAGACUAUGGAAGCUUGCCGCUUCAUGGACAAAGGCUGCAACAUGACCAAGUUCACUCAAGCACUCGAUGACCACAAGCCUAACUCUGCCAUCAUCAUGGCUGGCGGUGGCAACUUCAACGACUACUACUGGGAGGAUCAACCAUCAAGAAUCGCAAUGAUCGAGCACUUCACCCAGGUCCCCAUUCGUGCCUUCCCUCAGAGCAUCCACAUGACCCACAACGACCGCAUCAACCGCACGAAGGAAGCUUUCCUGACACACCCCAACUUGCAGCUCGCCGCACGCGAUGCACCUAGCUACAAGUGGCUGGCAGACACCUUCGAGGGCGAGAAGACUGUGCUCACCCCUGAUAUCGCAUUCAUGUGGGGUAGCCGUCCGGACUUCCGUACCAACACACCCAAGGAGUACGACAUCCUGAUCCUCGCACGCGACGAUAUGGAGAUCUCCGAGGGUGACUCUAGAUCCAUUCCCUUCGGCAAGGGCAAUCUCGAUCUCGGUGGCAGCAUUGGUAAUGUCAGCUACUGGAAAGUAGACUGGAAGUUCACACCCACCCCUGACAUCGAUGGCGAACACCGCGAGAUGGGAAAGAACCAGCGCGCCUGGGCAAAAGCAACAGAAGGCUUCAGAAUGCUCGGAGCUGCAAACUUUGUCAUCACUGACCGUUUGCAUGGACACAUCUUGAGCACUUUGAUUGGUACACCACAUGUGGUUAUGGACUCAAAGUUGGGCAAGAACAUCAAUUACCACGACACAUGGACGAAAGACUGCGCUUGCACAAGAGUAGCGGAAGAUAUUGACGAGGCGCAAGACUUUGCAAAGAUGUUCUUCGAGAAGGAG